AUGAUGAAAAACAAAAAAGAAAAAGGAAAAAUAAAAACAAAUGAUAAAAUAAAAAAGAAAAAGAGUAAAAAAAAUAAUGGUAAAAAAAAUACAGAAAAAAAUGAAUUACAAAAGUAUAUGGAUAAACUAUGGGGAUUUAGUUCAUCAGAAGAUGAAAAAAAUGUAGAAGAAAAACACAGAAAUAGAAAUAUAACAGACUUUAAAAAAGAAAAAGAAUAUAAUGAUAAUGUUUUAAAAAAUAAAUUAUAUGAGAAUAGUGAUAAGAAAAGUAAUAACUUAUUAAUAAAAUCGAUGAAGGAAAAAAAUAAUAUAAAUAUGUAUAGUAGUGAAGUAUGUGAUACUGAAGAAGAAAAAGACGAACAUACCGAAUUAAAUAGCAACGAACUUGUAGAUAAUAACUUUCUAUUUAAUUCUGGAAAUUUAAAAAACAAUAAAUCAAACCAAAUUCAAAAAGAUAAAAAAAAAGUAACUUUUGAUAAAACAACGGAAAUUAAAAAAGAUAGUAUAAUAAAUAGUAACAAAAGUAAUAGUUUUUAUAAAAAUCAGGAUGAAAAAAAAAAUAAGUUUGAAAAUUCAUCCUUAAACAAAAUAAAAAUAAAUACAGAAGUCAAACACAAAGAUAUAUUAAAUAAAGAAAAAGAAUAUAAAGAGAAAAGAGAAAUGAAAAAAAAUUUUAUGGAUGCUGUCCAUGAAAUUCGAAAAUUAGCCAUACCACAUUUAAACAAAUUUCAACGAAAGAAUGUAGAAAAUCAUCAAAUUAAAUUAUUAGGUGGUAAAUUUGACAAAAGCCAAAAAAUUCAUUAUCCUGAACUUAUGCAACGAAAAAAAUCAAUAAAAAAAUAUAUAUCUAAAAGAAAAGAAACUGAAAAAAUAUUAGGUGUAAAACUUCAAACGGGUGAUAGUAUUGACAUGCAUGAUGUUCUUAGGAAAAAAAAUAAAAAUAAAAAAUAUAAAAAAAAAAUAAACUUAUUUUAA